CCCGGUCGUGAGGGCCGCGAGCUGCGAAAGGGCGGGAAGGGCGGUUGGAGAGGGAGGGGCGAGCGGUUACUCACUCCAUGGCUGCGGCAAGAAGAGGCGGCGGCGGCCUCGGCUGAAGCGAGACGGUGGGAGCGGAGGGCGCAGGCGCGGAAGAACACAGCUGCGCUCCCUGCCAGUCCCGCCAGCUGGCCUCUGCCUGAGUUCCUGUUCAGUCUGUUAGCGGGAAGACAGCCAGUGUGACUGAGUGGGAACCAGGCUUGGAAAGCCCCGUUUCCGUAUGUCUACUUGAACGGCAGAGUGAGAGCUUGCGUCUGCCGGGUCUCCCAGGACCUGGCAUCUCUGGCCUAACAAGGGCAGCAGGACACAGCCACCACCUUUCACCCCACUUCUGCAUAGACCUCAGGAUGACUUCUGUCCCAGGCUAACCAGAAAGGCCAUGGGUGCUGAGAGAGCCCCCCAGAGGCAGCUAUGCACCCUGCGCCUCCUCGUCCUCUUCCCCACCCUCCUCAGCCUGGCGGCCUCCUUGGACUGGAAGGCCGCCCCCAACCCAGACCCCUUCGCCAAGUGCAUGCACGACCCCGACUAUGAGCAGCUGCUCAGAGUGGUGACCUUGGGCCUCAACCGGACGCUGAAGCCCCAAAAGGUGAUUGUGGUCGGCGCGGGCGUGGCCGGCCUGGUGGCCGCCAAGGUGCUCAGCGAUGCGGGACACAAGGUCACCAUCCUGGAGGCAGAUAACAGGAUCGGGGGCCGCAUCUUCACCUUCCGGGACCGGAAGACGGGCUGGAUCGGGGAGCUGGGAGCCAUGCGCAUGCCCAGCUCUCACAGGAUCCUGCACGAGCUCUGUAGGAGCCUGGGGCUCAACCUGACCAAGUUCACCCAGUACGACGAGAACACCUGGACGGAGGUGAGCGAGGUGCGGCUGCGCAACUACGUGGUGGAGAAGAUGCCCGAGAAGCUGGGCUACAGCCUGCGCCCCCGGGAGCGCGGCCACGCGCCGGAGGAGAUCUACCAGAUGGCCCUCAACAAGGCGGUGAAGGAUCUCAAAGACAUGGGCUGCAAGAAGGCCAUGAAGAAGUUUGAGAGGCACACGCUGCUGGAAUACCUCCUCGGGGAGGGCAACCUGAGCCAGCCGGCCGUGCGGCUGCUGGGCGACGUGCUGUCCAAGGACGGCUUCUUCUACCUGAGCUUCGCCGAGGCCUUGCGGGCCCACAGCUGCCUCAGCGACCGGCUCCGGUACAGCCGCAUCGUGGGCGGCUGGGACCUGCUGCCGCGCGCGCUGCUCAGCUCGCUGUCGGGCCCCGUGCUGCUGAACGCGCCGGUCGUGGGCAUGACGCAGGGCCCGCACGACGUGCGGGUGCACAUGGCCGCCUCGCGCCGGGUGCACAACCUCAAGGCGCUGACGGCCGACGUGGUGCUGGUGACGGCCAGCGGCCCGGCGCUGCAGCGCAUGACCUUCUCGCCGCCGCUGUCGCGCAAGCGGCAGGAGGCGCUGCGCGGGCUGCACUACGUGCCGGCCACCAAAGUGUUCCUGAGCUUCCGCCGGCCCUUCUGGCACGACGAGCACAUCGAGGGCGGCCACUCGAGCACCGACCGGCCCUCGCGCGUCAUCUACUACCCGCCGCCCGGCGAGGGCGCGCUGCUGCUGGCCUCCUACACGUGGUCGGACGCGACGGCGCCGUUCGCCGGCCUGAGCCUGCAGCAGUCGCUGCGCGUGGCGCUGGACGACGUGGCGGCGCUGCACGGGCCGCUCGUGUACCGCCUGUGGGACGGCAGCGGCGUGGUCAAGCGCUGGGCGGAGGACCCGCACAGCCAGGGCGGCUUCGUGGUGCAGCCGCCGCAGCUCUGGCAGGCCGACCCGGACAGCGGGCUCGAGUACGACUGGGCCAUCCCCUAUGGCCGCAUCUACUUCGCGGGCGAGCAUACGGCCCUGCCGCACGGCUGGGUGGAGACGGCGGUCAAGUCCGCGCUGCGGGCCGCCAUGAGGAUCAACAACCGCGAGCACCACGCGCACGCCGUGGCCAACCCGGAGGAGCAGAAGCGCGCGCACGCGGCGGCUGGGCCCGUGGAGCAGGGGCUCGCGGCGGCCGAGGCCAGCCCGGAGGAGCAGGGCCAUGCGCCGGCCGCCGAGGCCAGCCCGGAGGAGCAGGAGCAGGGGCACACCGAGGCCGGCCCCGAGGGGCAGGGGCAUCCCCCUCCCGAGUCCAGCCCGGAAGCGCAGGGCCGGCCGCUCCCGGAUGCCGGCCCCGAGGCGCAGGGCCACACGCUCCUGGAGGCCGGCUCGGAAGGCCAGGCCGGGAAUGAGCUCCCGGAGGCCGGCGGGGAGGCCGGCGCGGAGGCGAGCUCGGAGGUGCCCAUGCAAGUGUUCCCGGCCAGCAGCCCCCCGUGCAAAGGGUCCAAGGGAGGGGCCACCGCGGCGUCAGGCCAGCCCCUGUUAUCUCCCCCACACACCACCCGCAAGAGGACCUCACAUUAAAGUAUUUUUGGAG